CUAAGGUCCAGAGAGUCAUCGAAAAGGGCGCAGUUGCCAUCGAUGAGGAGACAGAGUGUCCAAGCGUCUCCACUGAGCCCCACAUCUACGUCUGACACUGAAGCUAUUCCUAUCAGCGAUCUUAGAGGACUGCUCGAACAAGCAAUCCGCGCGUUGGGAUACUCUGAAGAAGAGACAGAUGUGAUUGUCGAGGCGAUCUUGUGGUCCCAGCUACGAGGCAAUUCCCAAGGGGUCAUCAAGAUCCCCAGUGGCGCCUUUGCAAUCCCGCCUGGCACUGGCCCUGCUGUUGUUGUUCAGGACUCUCCUGUGAGCGCAAGCAUAGAUGGGCAGCAAUGCCUCGGAAUGCUGGCACUGCACAAGGCAACCAAGCUGGCUGUGGCUAAGGCGAAGCAGGCUGGUGUGGGCAUAGUGGGUAUAAACAACACAGCAUCCACCACAGGCGCUCUGGGGCAUUGGGUGGAGCAAAUCGCAGAUGCAGGCUUGGUGGGGAUCAUCAUGUGCCAGAGCCCAGAGUAUGUGGCACCGCACGGUUCCACGGAGGCCAUCUUUGGCACCAAUCCGAUUGCGCUUGGGUGUCCCUCUGACGGAGGUCCCGUCAUUGUGGACCUGGCAACGUCUGCUCAGUCCUGGUACAGCUUGCUUGAAGCCAAAGAGAGCGGUCAGGCGGUGGGUGAAGACAUAGGGUACGAUGCGCGCGGUGAGCCCACUACAGAUCCCGGCAGCAUCCUCGAUGGCGGCGCCAUCCGCACCUUUGACAGGCAUGCCCCCUGCCACCGGCAUCGCACAGAAUUUUUUUUAGAGCUGUCUUACAAGGGCAGCGCGCUCGCGUUGCUGGUGGAGAUUCUGGGGGGGGCGCUGGCGGGGGGAGCGGUGGUGGGCAAGGCGGCCGCGCGCAACUGGGGCAGCCUCGUGGCCGCCGUCGACCCGGCCGCGCUCGGGGACGCCGCCGCCUUCAGCUCGCGCGUCUCCGCGCUGCUGCGCCGCGUCAAGGCUGCGCGGCCGGCCCCGGGCGUCGCCGAGAUCCGCCUGCCCGGCGAGAGCAGCGCGGAACUGGCCGAGCGCUGCAGGGCGGCUGGCGUGGUGCCCAUGUCCAGCAGGCUGUAUGAGCAGCUGCGCGCGGCUGCCAGCGCU